UGAGAACUCGAACAACGAUUGUGAUGUUCGUUAUUUUAAACAGAUCGAUUGUUUUUAAAUCGGCGAGCAAUUGUGUAAUAUACGCGCCAACACCAAUAUUUUUUGAAUUACCCACCAUCCAGCAAAUAGGUGAAGAACUAUAAUUACGUUAGUCAACUGUAACUACAAAUCGGAUUCCAUAUUCAACAUUUCUUCAUUUAAAUGCAAUGGGGGUUGCUAUUAGAAACACAGUCCACAAACAAUAACCGUCGAUGUAUUAAUUUCGACUUCAGUACACACGUAGAAUUGUAAACAUGAUUCUGUCACGAGUGAAAUCAGACUCAGCCAGUUCCCGAAACUCAAACAGUCCGGCGGUGAAAAAAACUGUUCCCGAUUUCGAAGAGUUUUUGCUACAAAGAGACUACACCGGAGCGAGAACAGUGUUAGAGUUUCGUGCUGCCGACAAUGACAACAUUCGCAGUUUAAUCGAUCAAUGGACAGCCUUCUGCAAUUUCCAUCUAGGUGACUAUGCCAAAGCGCUGGAACAGUACCAAUCGAUACGGAAAGAUGAAAACACCGUGGCCAUUAAUGUUGCCGUCUGCAUGUUCUAUUUGGGAAUAUAUCAAGAGUCUCAGGAAUUGAUCGAAACCAUUCCGAAUUCACCGCUCAAAGUGCGAUUGCUGUUCCAUUUGUCGCAUAAAUUGAAGGACGAAGAACGGCUGUUGGAGUUGCACGGGUCGUUGCGAGAUGUUAGUGAAGAUCAAUUGAGUCUGGCUGGUUUACAUUUUUUGCGAGGUCAUUACCAAGAGGCUAUUGACAUUUACAAGAGAGUGCAAUUGGAUAAGAAAGAUUUCUUGGCACUUAACAUUUACAUAGCGCUGUGCUAUUACAAGCUCGACUAUUUCGAUAUAUCGCAAGAGGUUCUGGAUAUGUACUUGACAAAAUACCCGGACAGCAUAAUUGCCAUCAAUCUGAAAGCUUGUAAUCGGUUUCGUCUAUUCGAUCGCCGAACGGCUGAAUUGGAUAUAAAAAACUUGAUCAGCAACAGUGGCACUUUCGGAAGCGAUUUGAUCAAACACAAUUUGGUAGUGUUUCGUGGAGGCGAGGGCGCGUUGCAGGUAUUUCCGAUGUUGAUUGACAUCGUUCCGGAAGCUCGACUGAAUUUGGCCAUUUAUUAUUUACGUGGCGGAGACGUCAGCAAAGCUGAAGACUUGAUGAAAGAUGUACAGCCGUCGGUAUCAUAUGAAUACAUAUUGAAAGGUGCCGUUCAUGCCGUUCUGGGACAUGCGGGUUCGAAAGAGCAUCUCAAGAACGCCCAACAGUAUUUGCAUUUAGUGGGAAGUAGUGCGGCAGAAUGUGAUACAAUACCGGGACGACAGAGUAUGGCUUCUGCAUUCUUUUUGUAUGGUCAAUUCGAAGAGGUUCUUGUCUAUCUCAACUCGAUUCGAAGCUAUUUCGUAAAUGAUGAUACAUUCAAUUACAACUACGCUCAGGCUAAAGCAGCAACCGGAUAUUAUGCAGAGGCCGAAGAAAUUUUGAUGCAAAUAUCAGACCCGGAAAUUCGUCACCAACAUACAUACGGAAUGGUAUUGUCAAGGUGCCAUAUCAAUUGUGGUCAUGCUGAACAGGCGUGGAACAUUUACGUAUCCCAAGAUAACAACACCGAAUCGUAUGCGCUACUGCAACUAAUUGCUAACGAAUCAUACCGAACGGGAGAGUUUUGGAUAUCAGCAAAAGCGUUCGAUAUGUUGGAAAAAUUGGACCCGAACCCAGAACAUUGGGAAGGCAAACGAGGUGCAAUAGCUGGUUCACUUUUAGCUAUCGUAAAGGAACGAACGGUGGGCGCACCUCCCGAAGGUAUAACAGCAAUUUGUUCUCUGCUGAGAGAUUCAACAAAUAGCCAAGCCGAAACGAUGCUGCGAUCAAUUAGGCGAUACGCCAGUUUGUCGAAGUGAAAUGGCAACGGAGGGAAUAAAUUUUGAAAAUAAAUUUAAGAUUGAGAUUGACCUGAA